UAGUUUUUCGAUAAAAUUUGGUAAAUAAACUUGGCAAGAAAGGUAUUUUUAAAUGUAUUUUUCCCAAAAUUUCUUAAAAAUAAACCAUGGAGUUGGACUUUUCGAAAAUUUGCAGAGUCUGUAUGGAUAAAGGAACGAUGAUGUCUUUAUUUAAAGUGAACAUGUACAAAAAGAUGAUGGCUUGUGCCGCAAUUCAGGUUUGGCCUAACGACAAUCUUCCUAGUCAAAUAUGUAACAAAUGCGCGUCAAAAUUACACCUUUGCUUUCAAUUUAAACGGCAGUGUGAGAAGACUGAUGUAAAAUUGAGGCAAUAUCUAGCUAGUUUAAGGGAUCGAAAAGAAGUGAUUAGUAUUGAACAGCCAAAUAUUAAUGCCAAUCAACCUCACCAAGUAGAUUCUCAACCUAUAAACCAGUGUAUUUAUAUUAGAGAAACUAACAAGAUGAUAGACUCUAUGUUACCUGAGAACCCGAAUUAUGAUCAUUUUAUGACACAUGAUCAAGCAGUUACUCAGAUAACAUACAGUAAUAUAACAAAUCAACAGUUAACAGAGCAAUCUUAUAAUAUACAAGGUCCUAUAAGGCCGGUAUCUGCAUUUGCACUUAACACAGCAUAUACAGCUCCAAUACACCUAAUUCAACAACCUGCUUUGCCUGUUCAAAAUCAAAUACAGACAGCUCAGUCUCUUGAGCAAGUUAAUGUGAGCUGUAAAAAUAUAAAUGAUUUACAGAGUACUGAAAGCGACGAUGGAAAACAUUGCUCAAUUUGCGGCAAAGGUUUUAAAACUAAGGUUAAGUUAAAUAGGCACAUGAAGAUACAUAACUAUGCCGAUUUACCCCACAAAUGUAAGAUAUGUAACAAAGGAUUUUCACAUAGCGGUAACUUUAAAAUACAUAUGCGAAUACAUAACAAUGAAAGGCCAUUUAAGUGUCCUGUUUGUGCCAGAGGUUGUCGCCAAGCCCAGGAUCUUGAAAAACACAUGAGAACACAUACAGGUGAAAGACCACACAAAUGUCAUUUAUGUCCUAAAGCUUUUGCCACAAGUUCAAAUUUAAUCGCUCACAUUAGAACGCAUACAGGAGAACGACCGUAUGUUUGUUCUCUUUGUUCCAAAGCCUUUUGCCAGUCGAAUGAACUUACAAAACAUGUGAGGACACAUACUGGGGAGAAGAGUCAUAAGUGUGAAGUCUGCAAAAAAGGUUUCAACGGUUCAAGUUCAUUAGCAGUCCACAAAAGAAUUCACACUGGCGAAAAACCCUACAUCUGUAACUACUGUCAACGAGGAUUCUCCUCCUCAAAUUGUCUAACGAAUCACGUGAAGAAACACCAGAGCGACGAGGUCAUCAGGUGUAUUCACUGCGACCUAGUGUUUGUGAAUAUGACCGAUUUGAAAAGUCACUUGGUCGCUCAGCACAAUAUCACUGACAUUGUGAUAUUCGAGGACGAAUGUGGCAACAUAAAGUCUAAACCAAACAAUAACCUGAAAUGCGGGAUGUGUGAUAAAUUGUUUGUUGAAGUGAACUUGUAUAAUGAACAUUUGAAAUCGCAUGAUGAAGGACAGGAAAGCUAACAUUUGGAGUUGUUUGUCAUGGUUUAGUAAUUAUUAAUUAUUGAAGUAUGACAUCAAGACAAGUGUCGUUAGUCAUUAAUAUGUCUAAAAUACUUGAAAGUCAUAUGCCGGGUCCAGACCAGAGAGAACACUAAUAACUAAAGUGAGAGAGACCGAUCAACGUUAAUUUUUGAAGACUGUGUUAGUGCAUUAGUAGGUUGCAUUUAUACCUAUAUAUUGGCGCCAAAAAUUUAAAAUUUGUAUAUUUGAA